AUGACCCGCACGGACCCGCCAGACUUGUUGGUGUCGACCGUGUAUCAGGACAUCAAGGUGGCGACCCCGGGGCCCGCGUCCAGGCGCCCGCCAUGUGAGCGCUCCAUGGCCCGGCCUGCUGCUCCCGCACCUUUCAACAAGCGCCACUGCCGCAGCUUCGACUUCCUGGAGGCGCUGGACGGGGCAGCCAUGGAGACCUUCCCUGAGCCACCGCCCCCGGAGCACCCUCCGCCACGCGCCCGGCCCCGCGACAGCGAACCCCGGCGCCGCGCCCGCUCCAAGAGCGCGCCCCGCGCUCCCCCAGGCCUGGCUCCAGCCUCGCCUCCGGUGCAGCCGCGCCGAGGCCGGGAGGUCCAAAGGGCGGCGCGGGCGGAGGGAUCCCCACGCCGGGAUCCCACAUACCCUGCGAUGCGCGCGCUCGCCAAUGAGCUGCACCCCAUCAAGCUGCAGCCGCAGCGCGGCGGGCCAGGCCGCAUCGCUCCCCUGUGCGCCACCGCCGGCCGCUGCGCACCACCGGAGCCGCCUUCCGGGCCUGCCCCCCACGUCCGCUGCCGCCUGGACAUCAAGCCUGACGACGCGGUGCUGCAACACGCCGCCCGGAGCUCGCGGCCCUGCGGGCCCAUGGAGACCACACCCUGGGUCCGUGCCGCUCCACAACUCCACGGUCUCACGGUGCCCGGGCCUCGCCAUGUGGGACUGUCGCGCACCCCCACCCCCAGUGACUUGUACUGCACGGAUACUCGGGCGCUGUACUGCGACGGGCCCUUUCCGGGGCCCCGAGACUAUGUGGAGCGCCGAAGUCUGCCUUUCACCACCCCACCAGGCCCCACCCAAUUCUUCUACACAGAGGAGGCCGAGGGUCACCCGGGCGGCUUAACAGCCAGCCCAGGCCCUGCCUUUGACAGCUAUUUCCCCAGGCCCUUGCAUCCCGAGGAGCCCCGGGGGCCCAGUCCACGGCGUGGGGGAGGCUACUAUGCAGGGGACGUGCGCACUUUUCCGGUCCACCAACCGCCCUCCCGUUCCUACUACGGGGAGGGCCCCCGAGCCUAUGGCCCACCCUGGGGACCCCACUAUUCCCCGGAGGAGGCCCAGGCCCACCCCACCAUCCGACCAUUUUACACAGAGGACUUUGGGCGGUACCGAGAUCGAGACGCCCUGGCGAGGACUUACCCACACCCCCGUAGCAGCCUGGCCUGGGGCGACUGGGGCAUGAGGCCUUACGGAACUCUGCAGGUGGCACCUCCUCCGGACCCUGGCCCGUUGCUCGCUUCCUGGCAUGGUGGCACCGGCACCAGCCCGCCACGGCUGGCCACCGACAGUCGCCACUACUCACGUUCCUGGGACAACAUCCUGGCGCCCGCACCGCGCCGCGAGGACCCCCUGGGCCGCGGCCGCAGCUACGAAAACCUGCUGGGAAGAGCGGAGGUGCGGGAACCACUGGGCACGUACCCUGAAGGCCGGCGCCCGCCAGUCGUCGUGAACCUGUCCACCUCGCCCAGACGCUACGCAGCGCUGUCGCUGUCCGAGACGUCGCUGUCCGAGAAGGGCCGGUCGGGGGAGGGCCUGGGCCGCAACUGGUACGUCACACCCGAGAUCACCAUCACGGACAACGACCUGCGUGCCUCUGAGGGCCCGACCGCCAGGGGCUGGGAGCUUCCCCGGAACCGCCCGCGGCCUCCUGCGCCUGCCGCCCCUGACGGCCCCACUCCUGGCCGCCAGCGCAGCCUCGAGCAGCUGGAUGAGCUCAUCACUGACCUGGUGAUCGACUCGCGGCCGACGGCCGGUCAGGGACCAGAGCCUGUGGCCGAUGGCCUGGGCCGCCAGCUUCGCCGCCUGCUCAACUCGCGGCCCGCGGGCCCCGAGGCCCCCGCGCUGGCGCCGCGCUCACCACCGGCAUCUGCCGGCAGCGUCGAGGACGCUGCGGGCCCGGGACAGACGGCUGACGCGUCGCCGGACCCCAGCGCGGACGAAGACGACCUCAUGACGUGCUCCAACGCGCGCUGCCGGCGCACGGAGACCAUGUUCAAUGCCUGCCUCUACUUCAAGUCCUGCCACAGCUGCUACACCUACUACUGCUCGCGCCUGUGCCGCCGCGAGGACUGGGACGCGCACAAGGCACGCUGCGUGUACGGCCGCGUGGGCAGCGUGUGCCGCCACGUGCUACAGUUCUGCCGCGACAGUGGCCCGGUGCACCGCGCCUUCUCACGCAUCGCACGUGUAGGCUUCUUGUCGCGCGGCCGCGGCGUGCUCUUCUUGGGUUUCCCGAGUCCUGGCUCCGCGGAAAACUUUCUGCGCUUCGGGCUCGAGGGGCUGCUGCUGUCACCCACCUACCUGUCCCUGCGCGAGCUGGCCACGCACGCGGCACCCCUGGGCAGCUACGCGCGUGAGUUGGCAGCUGCAGGGCGUCUCUACGAGCCGGCCGAGUGCUUCCUGCUCAGCGUGUCCGUGGCCGUAGGUCCCGGAGUUACACCUCCGGGCGCUCCCACCCGGCCCGCGCCGCGCAGCCCUGGGCCCACGGUGCGCAAGUUUGCCAAGGUGGCGCUUGCGGCCGGCAGCCCGGCGCGGCCUCCCCCGGCGCGGGGUCGCGAGCCCGAUAUGGAGACCUUGAUUCUGACGCCGCCACCGGGCACAGCGGGCCUGGACCAGGACGGAGAGGCAGGCCGGCGCGCGCGCGAGGUGGCCUUCAUCCACAUCCAGCGCGAGCUGAGACUGCGCGGCGUCUUCCUGCGCCACGAGUUCCCGCACGUCUACGAGCAGCUCUGUGAGUUCGUCGAGGCCAACCGGCGCUUCACGCCCACCACCAUCUACCCCACGGACCGGCGCACUGGCCGCCCCUUCAUGUGCAUGAUCAUGGCCGCCUCCGAGCCUAGAGCGUUGGACUGGGUGGCCAGCGCCAACCUGCUCGAUGACAUCAUGUGAGGCGUGGGGUUGCGCCUUGUCCCCACCGGAUCCACCUAGGGCCCGGCCCAGUUCACCCAGGGCCGCCCUCUGGCCCCGCCCAAGUUACUCAGGACCCGCCCACCCAGGGAAGCCCUGAGCCCCGCCCAGCCCACU